UGAAUCUCGAUUUGAGGUUGAUGCUGACCCACAAGAGAAUCUUAUCUUCUAUGACUGAAGAUGAGAUGCAAAGCAUUCAAAAUCUGAUUGAUUCAGCAGUCCUAGACCCAGAUGAGAAAGGUGGGUUGAGAUGGCCAUUCGGAAAAGCAUCAAGUGGGAAUAGAUACAAUGUUGUUGGUGUUUGGCACACAAUGUCUAGUGCUUAUGAAAACUCGUCCAUAAGACUCAAGGUACGUCAUGCUGACCGAAUUGAUUUCAGAACUACAUACGGUGAAGCUUCAAAGGAGGUUUUCUUGAAGUUGAAAGGAAUUGUUUCAGGACUGAUGCAGGAUGUUGAAACAAAAGGGAUCUUGGACUUGCUUGAAGACAACUUAAGUUUGAUAUGGCAACACUUCUUGCGCUGCGAGCCUUUUCUAACAUAGAAGAAUCGAUCUUCCUAUCUUCACUUACAUGCCACUUUCUCUUAGCUGUGUUGCUU